UACAAAUUAUAAAAGUUUUUCUGCAAAUCACAAUGAACUCAAUAAUAAUUGUCAAAUUUAUUGUCAAUAAACAAUAAAUUGACAAUAUUAUGUCAAAUGAUUUUGAACGCAGCUACAAAAUUUUUGGUUAACAUUGGUGUUCACGUACAAAAUUAAAAAUUGUGAUGAAUUUCACAUCUUUUUCAAAUAAUUUAAAAAAAUUAAAAGUUAAAAUUUAAAUUUAAAAUCUAUUUGUCAACCUAGGUAACGGUAAUAGCGGACGAUUCCUGUUAUUAACCUACAACAUCAGCGGAACGACAAUAUCAACUGUUCAGUAUUUUACAUAUAAUAUCAAACACAUAUAUGGAAAUAGAUUAUGUCCAAAAAAACUGACAGCGGAAAAGUGGGUAUUUAGGGUGUUUAAUCACCGAAGGUUAAAUUCACGGUGGUAAUUUUACUUGCUCCAGUCCAAUUAAAAUAUGUGUAUUCUAUGUGAAUUUAAAGAUUUUACCGUUCUUGUUCUGUUUCCAACUUAAUAUCAACAAUUUCAAAUUAAAAAAAAGAUUAGCUGUCGUUUGCACGUUUUUCAGUAAAGAAAUAUACCACAAAAAAAAAAAACUGUGUAAAGAAAAAAAUUUGCAACAACGAUGCAAUCUAUUUUUGAAUGGAAAUUUUAAUAAAAAAUGAACUACCUGAUGGCAUUUACACUUUUCGUAUCAAUACAAAAAGGAAUAACCAUUAAUUUUCUUCAACAAUUUCCAACAAUUUCUUCAUCAUCAUCUUCAACAACAUCCAAUAAAAAUGGUAAUCAAAUCGAUAACAAUCACCAUCAGCGUGCAACAGAAUGUGGAAUAAGACCGCUAAGACGUCAACCACGUAAAGAACAGCAACAUAAUAAUCAACAUAAUCAAAAUAAUUAUAAUCAUUAUCAUCAACAUCAUUAUAAUCGUAAUCAACAAGAAGAACAGCAGCAGCAGCAACCGCAACAACAACAAUUUCAACGAAAAAAGAAACAGCAAUAUGUUAACAAUCAAUUUUUUCAUAAUGCUCGUAUACCAAAAAUUAUAGCAGGAAGCCCAACAAAAGAAGGUCAUUUUCCAUGGCAGGCAUCUUUAGAGCUUUUACAUCCCUCAAUGGGAUUCUUAGGUCAUUGGUGCGGUGGUGUAUUAGUUGAUGAAUUUUGGGUAUUGUCUGCUUCACAUUGUGUUCAUAAUGAUUUAUUUAAUUUACCAUUACCGCCAUUAUGGACUGUUGUAUUAGGUGAAUAUGAUCGAAAUGCUGAAUCUGGAUAUGAACAACGUAUACCAGUUGAAAAAAUAAUUUUACAUCAAAGUUAUCAACAUUUUUUACAUGAUCUAGUCUUAAUGAAAUUAUCAAUGCCCGCUGAUUUAUCAAAAUUUUCGAAUGUACGAAAAAUUUGUUUACCAUUUAUAUUCAAUGAAAAUGACCAAUCAUAUAAUGAUGAUAUCAAUAAUGAUGAUGAUAUUAAUAUUGAUCCUUUUCAAACUGAUGACCAUCAUACAAUGAUAAUGCAAAUAACAAAUAAUAAUCAAUUUAAUAAUCAUAAUAACAAUCAUUUUCUUAAUACACCUAAAAUAAAAAUAAUUUUACAAUACCAAAAAUUUAUGAAUGGUUUUAAAAAUGUUAAAAUUGGAAAUGAAGAUGGUGAUUCAAAUGUAACUGGAAAUCAUGAAUUUGGUAAUAAUAAUGAAAGUCAUAAUAGUGAUAGUAGUGAUACAAUUUUAUCAAAAUAUAAUAAUAAAUUUCAUGAUGAAUAUAAAGAUUUACCAUAUUUGGAUUGUAUUGCAACCGGUUGGGGAAAACCUAAUAUAACAGGAGAUUUAAGUGAUAUAUUAUUAAAAACAAAUGUUCCAUUGCAAAGUAAUUCAAGAUGCAGAGACGCUUAUGGUAGUUUUGUUAAAAUUCAUAAAGGACAUUUAUGUGCUGGUAAAUUAAAUGGAAAAGGCGGAACAUGUGUGGGAGAUUCCGGUGGUCCUUUACAAUGUAGAUUAACUAAAAAUGGUCCAUGGAUAUUAGCUGGUAUAACAUCAUUUGGAUCUGGCUGUGCAUUAGAAGGAUAUCCUGAUGUAUACACAAGAACAUCAUUUUAUAUGAAAUGGAUACGAGAUAUUAUUGAUAAUGAAUAAAGUCCUUUGAAUAUAUAUAUAUAUG